ACCCUUCCAACCAAUUACAAUUUACAGAAGAACAAUGAUUUCAUCAGAGUUAAGGGUUUUACAGCCUAUCCUCUAGAAAAUAGAAUUUGAUAAAAUCAAUCUGUCAGAUUCUAGGAAUUCAAAUCUGGUAUCUAGAAUUCCGCCGGCGUAAACCGUCAACUAUUUAUGGCUUCCUUAUCAUCACCGUUGCUUCACUCUUCUUGCUCUCCCUCACUACGAAUCUCAUCUAGGCACCUGUCACCUUUCUCUUCCCGCCAUAAACUCUCACAUCCAAACAUUAACGAAGCAGCAUUCUCACCUUCUACUAUAUCGCUUAACAACACUAGUUUAAUUAGACAAAUAAAACUCCGUUCACAGCUUAGGUUUCCUUUAAUUUCUCCAGACGACCAUUGGGGCACAUGGACCGCUCUCUUCGCCACCGGAGCUUUUGGUAUCUGGUCAGAGGGGACUAAAGUUGGGAGCAUGGUGAGUGCGGCGUUGGUUAGCACAUUGGUUGGGCUAGCAGCGAGUAAUAUUGGAAUCAUUCCUUACGAAACGGCGGCGUAUUCUCUUGUGUUGGAGUUUCUACUGCCGCUAACGGUUCCUUUGCUCUUGUUUAGAGCUGAUUUGCGAAAUGUGAUCCGUUCAACAGGGAAACUGUUUUUGGCCUUCUUGCUUGGUUCAGUUGCAACUAUCAUUGGAACUACAGUAGCAUUUCUGAUGGUGCCUAUGCGAUCACUUGGUCCAGACAAUUGGAAAAUAGCUGCUGCCCUUAUGGGUAGUUAUAUUGGGGGAUCUGUUAAUUAUGUUGCAAUUUCGGAGGCUCUUGGUACAUCUCCAUCUGUUGUGGCUGCAGGAAUAGCUGCCGACAAUGUUAUUUGUGCAACAUACUUCAUGGCAUUAUUUGCAUUGGCCUCUAAAAUUCCUGCUGAGAACUCAGCAUCUACUAAUGACUCUUUGAUAGGUGUUGAAAUGGAUGUGGAGUCCAGUUCUACAGGCAAGAUCCCUGUGCUUCAGAUGGCUGCAGCACUUGCUAUCUCCUUUAUGAUUUGUAGGACAGCUACGUAUCUCACACAAUUGUGCAAGGUUCAAGGAGGCAAUCUUCCAGCAAUAACAGCUAUAGUUGUCUUUUUAGCAACAUCAUUUCCAGUGCAAUUUGGUCGUCUUGCUCCUGCUGGUGAUACUAUUGCCCUGGUUCUGAUGCAGGUCUUUUUUGCUGUGGUUGGAGCUAGUGGGAGCAUAUGGAAUGUGAUAAAAACAGCACCUAGUAUUUUCUUGUUUGCUCUAGUUCAACUAACUGUGCAUCUUGCUGUGGUCCUCGGACUUGGAAGACUAUUCGAUUUUGAUUUGAAGCUCUUACUUCUGGCAUCAAAUGCCAAUAUUGGAGGCCCUACAACAGCCUGUGGAAUGGCUACUGCAAAAGGAUGGAAAUCUCUUGUUGUCCCCGGGAUUCUUGCAGGCAUUUUUGGCAUCUCUAUUGCUACUUUUCUAGGAGUUGCUUUUGGAAUGAUGUUCCUUAAAUACUUGUAGAUUUUGUAAGAACGAAAUGGCAGAGCCAUCUUACUGCGGACAGCUAAGUUAAGCUUGUAAUGUAAUUAAAGCAAGAGCAUGUAGAAAUCAGUCGAAUCACAUUGCGUUGUUUUCUUUCUGGGGGGUGGAUGGAUAGGACUAUGCCUGAUGAACUCUUGGACAUCUGAUGAUUGUAAAUCUUCCACUUCUGAUUCAUGAUGAUGGCGAGCUCAAAACUUGACAGGGUCUGCCAGUCACUUUCUACAGUAAUUUUACGAAUUGUACAUUUGUUAAAAUUCAAUUAUGGGGAACCAACUUGAGUGAAUUUUAUAGUCUAUUUUCUAUUAUAUUAAAUUUUUUUUCCACA